AAUACCCAACUACCCUACCCUCCCUAGGUCGUCGAGUCCUGCACUGCGCCAUACCAUCUCCAUCGCCGCCGGCUCUAGAACUACCUCCCAACGGACACAUCAUACGAGGCCGCGGACGUAGUUCUGAAUGGGAUGAAGCGUGGACUGGGGCGACCAUCUCGUGACAUGUCUGCAACAUGUUGAUUUGUCCCUGAUACCAUACCAUACCUCCCUCAUCCGUGCCGAUCUGUUCUCAUUCUGCUUCUUACGGCACGGCAGGGCUAGGUAAUCGACCGACUAUUGCACCACAGUGGCAAGUCCGCGAUUGCAGUCGUUCCUUCCCUUCGAGACACACACACACACCACACACAUACACACUCACCCAAGUCACUGUGUUGUAGUGCCCUACCUAUCGUACCUCAGGCACAUACCCCGUUACCACUUCGACCAUGGCCACGACGACACUCUCCAUCAGCAAUCCGGCGCCAAGGAAACUUCCCGGACCCCAGCUUCUUCACCAGCUCGUGAGCACGAGCGGGAAGGGUGGAGCGGUAGCCAUCGAACAUACAUUCGAUAAUGGCACCCGCACAUCGCUCACCUAUCAUGACUUGCACACUCGGGCCGACGCCCUGGCCCGUCGCAUCACAUUAGCCAUUUCACGCUCCGCGACGACGACGACGACGACGACGACGACAACAUCUGCGCGAACUGUGGUCCCCCUGAUCAUACCACAAUGCCCAGAGCUGUACAUAUCGCAGCUAGCCAUUCUGAAGGCAGGUGCUGCUUUCUGUCCCAUUGUACUGGAUGCUCCCGAGGAACGACUGCGAUUUAUCAUCCAGGAUGUCAAUGCCAGCAUCUUACUCACGACCGCCAGUCUGCGAUCCCAGCUGCCCGCACUGGACGGUGUGGAGAUAUUGGCAGUGGACGAUGGCAAUACCGUCGAUCAAUCCAUCGAACUGCCUUCUUCCAUCAACCCCCAGCACGCAGCCUAUCUCAUGUACACAAGCGGUAGCACUGGCCAACCAAAGGGCGUGAUCCUUUCUCACUCCGCUGCCUGCCAGGCGCUUUUGGCUCAUGACAGGCAUGUUCCCACCUUUGAGCGCUUCUUACAAUUCGCGAGCCCGACCUUCGAUGUUUCGGUCUUCGAAAUCUUCUUUCCUUUCUUCAGAGCCAGCACAUUGGUGAGCUGCGACAGGAGGCGGCUCUUGAACGACCUGCCAGGCACCAUCAACGAGUUGGAAAUUGAUGCUUGCGAACUGACUCCGUCCGUCGCCAGUAGCCUGCUGCGCGGGCGAUCGAGCGUGCCUGGCCUCAAAGUACUAUUAACAAUUGGGGAAAUGCUGAAGCCUUCAGUGGUGGAAAGCUUUGGUGGCGACGACACAGAGCCCGCAGUUUUACAUGGCAUGUACGGGCCUACAGAGGCAACAAUUCAUUGUACUAUGCAACCAAACUUUUCCAAAGACAUGUCGAGCAAUUGCAUUGGUGUCCCUCUGGACACUGUUUCCGCAUUCGUGAUCAAGGCAGUAGAAGGCCCCAUCUCGAGCCCAGAGAUUUUAGCCAUUGGAGAGGAAGGCGAACUCGCAGUUGGUGGUCAUCAACUUGCAGAUGGCUACCUCAACCGCGACGAGCAGACGAGAACAGCAUUUGUGCAGCAUGCGAAGUACGGCACCUUGUAUCGGACUGGAGAUCGUGCUCGAAUGCUCUCGACUGGGACCUUGGAGUGUCUCGGCCGAAUAUCGAGCGGGCAAGUGAAGCUUCGUGGACAGCGCAUCGAACUUGGUGAGAUAGAGCAUGCCGCAUCGCGCACUCCAGGCUGCAGAGAUGUGGUCGCCGAAGUGAUUGCGAAUACACUGGUCGCGUUUUGCGUGAGCGAAUCUUCUCAGACGACCAAAAACGAAGUCAUUGGCGUGUGUCGCAAAUGGCUGCCCGCAUUCAUGGUACCAGGCGAUGUCGUACUCCUGGAUGAUUUUCCAUAUCUGGCGUCCGGUAAGUGCGACCGCAAGGCGUUGCGCGCACAGUACGAGCAGCAGCAAGUGCCUGCACCAAACGACGGGUCCACGCAAAGUGAAAGUGAGAGCAUGCGACAAGUGCUGGACUGCCUCCAGACCACCCUAGGUGCACAAUUGACACCCAAGUCAUCACUAGCUGCAGCUGGCCUGGACUCAAUCUCGUCCAUCCGGCUUGCCUCGGAGCUGCGAAAACGAGGGCUGGCGCAGACCGAUGCAGGCCGUGUGCUCGCGGCAGAAACUCCUGCUGACAUUGUAGCCAUCAUCGAUGGCCCUGGAAACGACUUACUCACUGCAGACUGGCAGCGGAGAGCCAAGGACGCCUACCAUGAGUCGCUGCAUCAGUCGCUUGCGCAAGCGUUUCCACCCGAGCUGCGAGAUCAAGUAGAAGCCUCGUUUCCCUGCACUCCUGUUCAAAUUGCGAUGCUCACUGAGACCGCGAAGAGUCCGAGAGUGUACUGCAACUGGAUCAAGUUGGCAGUUCCUCAAUAUGCCGACCGUGGGCAUAUCAAAGACAGCCUCUCGGAGUUAGCAGCGCGGCAUCCUUUGCUACGAAGUGGUUUCAUUCCGACGCUUGGAUUGCAGCAAAGCUAUGCAGUUGUGGUAUGGAAGUCUUUGACAGAGCAACAAGUCGUAGAUGUGACUGAGUUUAGCUUUCCUUUUGAGCUGAAGAGUGAGAGAGACUUCUGGCGACCUCUGAAGUUCCAAGUACGGCAAGCGGAAGCUGGUACCGAGCUACUCAUCCAAAUACAUCAUGCGCUUUACGAUCAGUGGUCGAUGGACAUGCUCAGAGCAGAUCUCGCGUCAAUUCUGCGGGUCAAUGAUCGUGAGCGGCCAACAUCAUUCGAAGCGGUGGCCGAUUUCUAUAUCCAUCAUGAGCAGUCGGACACACAAGCGCUAGCAGACUUCUGGCAAGAUUAUUUGAGAGAUUUCGCGGCAUCGCCAAUGCCUCUGCUCAGAGGCGUAGAUGUAGUCCCUAACCUAUUGCGCACGCCCUGGCAAACGACAUCACUGCAGAGCGCCGAUGUCAAGAAUCUGUCCAAAUCGAUUGGGUGUAGUGCACCCGCUGUCUUUCAAACCGCCAUGGCGAUCAUUCUUGGCGCGUACACUGGUGUAUCUGACGUUACUUUUGGCUCGGUCUUCUCUGGUCGUACCAUUCCAGUCGAUGGCAUUGAAACCAUAUUCGGCCCUUGCCUGGCCACGCUACCCCUGCGGAUUGACAGCAAGGCAGCGAAGACUUCCAGAGAGUUGUUAGGCGCUGUGACGGCCUACAAUCGACGCAUUCAAAACAAUCUCCUUACUUCUCCUACAGCGGUUCGUAAUGCCGCAGGUAUUGCUCCUGGAACGAAGUUGUUCGACAGUCUGUUUGUCUGGCAGGAGUCCACGUUGACAUCAGGCACCGGAGCUGAAGAUGUAAAGGAAGUAGAUUCGGCUGAUGAACUAGAAUUCGACUUUGUCUUGGAAAUUGAGCCCUCGCCGACAGCCAUACAGAUGCGAGCGACCUACCAGGAACGACUCUUGGAUGCUCAGCAGGUCGAACUUUUCAUCAAGCAAAUUGAAAAUCUAGUGUCCAUCAUGUUACAAGAUCCAGAUCAGCCAGUCGACGACUUGGGCAACAAAAUGAACCCGGAGCUGCUGUCAAUCGCCAAUCCUGAACCGAAGAGCUACGCCACUUCGUAUGAGCUUACUGCAGAAAUAGGGGAGAACGCAUCUCGAGACCCCGAUGCCACAGCUAUUAUGUUUGCUACGAAGCUUGACGAGAAAUCCUUCGAAAGCACCUCGAUCACGUAUCAGGACCUAGACAAGCGCGCCAACCGAAUGGCUCACGCAUUGAUUGCAGCCGGCCUGCGUCCAGAUGAUCUCGUCUGCAUAUGUAUGGAGAAGUGCAUCGACAUGUAUGUACUCAUGCUUGCGACCUUCAAGGCUGGAGCUGGAUACCUGCCUCUUAUUCCAGAUACCCCGGAAGCCAGGAUCAAAUCCGUUCUAAGUCAAGCGAACAUCAGACUAUGUGUUGGCGAUGCGAGCUCUGCACCGGAGCUGCGUUCACUUACAGACGCAAAGGUUCUGGAUUGCUCCACGCUGGAGCUUGCGAAUGCCUCUGACCAAUCGCCGCAAGUGGACCAAAACGGCGCCAGAAUAGCGUACGCGGUCUUCACCAGUGGCAGUACUGGAGAGCCCAAGGGCGUCGCAGUCACCAUGGACAAUCUGAAAGGAAACUUAGCAGUCCUCGCAGAGCUAUACAAGGUUGCACCGGGAGAUCGUUUACUGCAAGCCUGUUCUCAGGCUUUCGACGUCAGUGUCUUCGAGAUCUUCUUCACGUUCUACACCGGCAUGUGUCUGUGCUCAGCGACCAAAGAUGUCAUCUUUCGUGACUUUGAGCAGAGCAUACGUGCCUUUGGCGUCACGCAUUUAUCACUGACCCCGACCGUGGCGGCUCUAGCUAAGCCUGAGAACGUCCCUACUGUCAGAUUCUUGGUUACAGCAGGUGAAGCGGUCACUGAGAAGGUGCACCGUACGUGGGCUGACCAUGGCCUUCAUCAAGGCUAUGGUCCCUCUGAGACCACAAAUAUCUGCUCUGUACGGAUGAACGUCCCAGCGCACAAUGUGCUUGGGAACAUUGGUCCACCAUUCAAAAACACUUCGGCUUUCGUGCUAGCUCCUGAGUGUGACUUUCAGGUCUUGCCUGCUGGUGCCUAUGGCGAAUUUGCAUUUGGAGGGGAGCAGGUGUUUCGAGGAUAUAUCGGCAGAGACGAUCUGAACUCGACCAAGAUUAUUGAUCAUCCAAGCUACGGCAGAGUUUAUAGAAGUGGUGACAUGGGCCGCAUCCUACCAGAUGGCACGCUUCUCAUCGCUGGGAGGCUCGAUGAUCAAGUCAAGAUCAGAGGCAACCGAGUCGAGCUGGGGGAGAUCAACAAUAUCCUCUCGGACCAUGCUGACGUCUCCGACUGUGCUACGAUUGUCAUCGGUGACAAGAGCUCUGACCAGAUGCUUGUCACGUUCUGGGUGCCCAAGUCGAGCAAGACGGAGACGUCGUCACUGAGCUCUGUGGCGGAUUCAGGCAUUGAGCUUGUGUCUGACCUGUACGCCCGUCUGGACGAUGCUCUUCCCGCAUACAUGAUUCCCAGCAUACUCGUGCCCAUGAAUGUCCUGCCAAUGACGGUUCAAGGUAAGCUGGACAAGCGAUCCCUACGAACGACAUACGAGGGACUCGAUACCGAAUUACGCAAUCGUCUUUCCCGGUCCCAAGAAUUAUCUGCCCAAGACGGCCCUGCUACCCCAACCGAGGAAACUAUGGCUCAAGCGAUCAGCAGUCUGCUCGAGAUUCCGUUGGCCAAUAUUUCCAGGAAUGCCUCGUUCUUUGCAUUCGGACUAAACUCCUUGAAUGCUAUACAGCUCGCUCGAUCCUUCGAAAGAGCUCUGGGAAUUGAUGUCAGUGUCAGUUCAAUACUGCGGCACCCAACCAUAUCUCGCCUGGCCCGAACAUUAUCCACCACCGACAGUUCAAGGUCUGAGAAUGAUCACGACGAUGCUAGUCAGGCUCUGGGUAUUGACUUCGUCGAAAAGACAAAGGCAGAAUUCUUGGCACAAGAUCAUGUGGUCGAGGCUGUACUUCCUUGCACUCCCUUGCAAGACGCUAUGCUGUCGGCUAGCAGAAGCGGCAAUGCUGGUGCAUACUGCAACACUACCAGGAUCCAUUUCCGGGGUGACAUGGAGAAGAUGAGACAGUGCUGGCAGAGAGCGUCAGAAAGGCACGCGAUUCUACGCACAUCCUUCGUCCAGACGCCGCUUGCUGCUCAUCCAUUUGCUCAAGUAGUAUCACAAAAGCCACUUCCUACAUGGGUUUCCGUGGGACGACCCAUGUCCAAUGGGAUAACGAAUGGACAUCAUGAAAAUGGGCACGCCAAGAGCAAUGGGCAUAUGAACGGAGCCCAGAACGGUGACAGCAAUGACGCGCCACGACUCCCUGGCGUUACUCCCGACAGGCCUGUCCAAGUCAUGCAGAAUGGCCAGGAUAUCUAUCUCCAAAUGCAUCACGCGAUCUACGAUGGUAUCUCGGUGUCAAACCUGUUCUCCGAGUUGCAACAGCUGUACGAGGGGGAACAGCUGCCUCAGCCCGUGCCAUUUGAGCCUUUCCUUGCAGAGGUAAUGCAGCAAAACAAUCAGAAAGCCGUCGAUUUCUGGAAGCAACGCCUACACUCCUUCACUCCCCAUCCUGUCCCAACCGCCGAAAACGUGACAGAUACCAAGGAAGGAUCCUGGGCGAUGUCGAUGGCAAUCUCGCCUAGUGAUAUCGCAGCCUUCAGUGAAAGGUACUCAUGCACCAGCCUUAGUAUCUUCCAGGCAGCUUGGGCGAAGACUAUUGCCUGCGCUCAGGACAUCACGGAUCUCUGCUUUGGCAACGUUGUCAGUGGUCGCUCAGUACCGGCUCGUGACGUGGACCGACUGAUAGCGCCGUGUUUCAACACCAUACCCGUCCGCGUCCAGUCUUCGAGCAUGCGAACCAACAUCGAACUCAUUCAGGAUCUUCAGAAAACCAAUGUAGAGUGUAUGUCUUACCAGUUGACGGCGCUGCGUCGCAUUCAGGCAUUGAGCCAGGACCCAUCGAGGCAUCUCUUUGACUCACUUCUGCUUGUACAACCACCACAAGAUGAGGAUGGUCUAUGGGAUGUCGAAGAAGAGGAUGAUAUGAGCAUGGGAGUACCGAUAGUUAUCGAAGUCGUGCCGCACCAUCAUGACUACGAGCUGCUGACGCAUUUCAUGCCGGAGCGUAUCAACAAGUCGACGGCUAUUAUGCUAGCAAAAGCGUUUGAAUCUAGCUUGCAAACAUGCCUCCGCUACCCGUCUGGUAGUGUUUCUCAGCUUGGCUUGGUCAACCAGUCCGAGCUUGCCGGGCUUCUCGCGCCAACGCCAGAUUCGAGUACAAAAGAGGGUGCUGGUGCAGAUUCAGAUGCCAUGUGGUCCUCAGAUGAGAACAUGGUCCGGGAAGUCUUCGCCACUCUUGCCGGCAUCGACGCCUCGCAGAUCAGCAAGGAGACUUCACUCUAUAGGAUCGGAUUGGACAGCCUCAAUGCAGUGCAAGUAGCUUCGCAGCUUCGGAAGCGGAACUUGAAUGUCGACGCUGCCGAUAUCAUGCACUACCAGAGUCCGGCUGCAUUGGCUGCAUUCAUCUCGUCGAAACAACAUACCAAGCAGGAAGCACAAGCUGCUGGCAUUGAUCUCAUUACGUUCGAAGAACAACAUAAGCACUCCGCAGCAGAAAAGCUUGGUAUCGACGUGACCCAUAUUGAGGCUGUACGACCUUGUACUUCCGCGCAGAGCGGCAUGCUCUCUCAAUUUAUUCAAUCCGAUGGAGGCUACUACUUUAGCAGAAGUAUCUAUAAAGUGCCCGACGAUAUCCAUUUGACGCACAUUCAGACAGCUUGGGCUGCAGUGCAAAAGAAACAUCAGGUGCUGAGGAUGGGGUUCUUCGAGCUUGAAAAUGCUGCUAACCCUUUUGCAAUGCUGGUAUACGGUCCAGAUUCUAUUCCCGGACAAGUCGUAUCAGAGGACCACGAGACUGCGUUGGACGAUCUUCACAAGAAAUUGUCAGCCUCAGUCCUAUCUGAGCUCCACCUGCCGACGUGGCGGGUUGUCCUCCAGCAGAAUGGAACAGCCCGACACAUGGUCGUUUCCCUGCAUCAUGCUCUUUAUGAUGCCGAUGCACUCCACAUACUCCUGUUAGACUUCGCAAAAGCCCUUCGCAAUACCGACAUUGGGCAGUCCCCAAGCAUCGAUACCGUUCUCAAGUUGCAGCUUGAUGGAAUGGCACAGCAGAACGUCAAUAGUGAGCAAUUCUGGAGAGAGUCUCUACAACCAGCGCAUCUCAUCAAAUUUCCGAACUUGACUCCCACGAUCAUUCGGAAAAGCCAAGCCACUUCCACAGAGUUGCGUUCGCAAACUCACCUGUCAACACUAGAUGAAUACUGCAGGGAAAACGGCGUGACGAUCCAAGCACUUGCACAAGGAACCUGGGCUCAGCUGCUGGCAGCAUAUCUCGGAGAACCGGCGGUGACGUUCGGUACUGUCUUCUCUGGGCUGUCUUCAUCUUCUGCACAGGGCGUGGCGUUCCCCAGCAUUUCUACCGUGCCGGUGUAUUGCAACACGAAGAAAUCAGGAUUGGAUGUCGCGAAAGACAUGGUGACUUACAAUUCGUCCGCACAAAGACAUCGGUUUACGCCGCUGGUUGACAUACAGCGCUUCGCUGGCACGCCCGGACAACCACUGUUUGAUACCAUAUUUGUGUAUCAGAAGAACGCCAGAAGUGACGAUGACUCCUUCGACUGGGAAGUCGUCAGCGACAGCCUGGGCGUCGACUACUCGGUGUCCUUGGAGUUGCAGGCUGAUGGUUCUGGUGGAAUGAGUCUUCGCCUGACCUACGACGUGGCAAUGGUUCCUGUCGAUCAUGCGAUACUUAUGCUCAGACAAUUCGACAUGCUUUUGCUGUCUAUGAUUGAUCAUCAGAGCAAGGACGCUACGCACACUGAACUUAUGUCGAUCGUGCCGCCCAAGGAGCCAGUGCUGCCCAGCAAGGUGACUCUGCUGCACCAGUUCUUGGAGCAGGGUGCAUUAGACCACCCAGAGAAACCUGCAUUCGAAUUCGUAUUCAGCCUCGAGGGAGGUGCAGAGAGCAGAAAGGUAUGGUCUUACCAGGAGCUCAACGAACGCGGCAAUCAAGUGGCCAAUCUUAUUCACCAGCACGGAGUCCAGCCAGGUGGCGUCGUAGCCCUCUGUAUGAGCAAGUCGCCGGAGGCCACGUUUGCGUUCAUUGGAAUAUUGAAGGCUGGGUGUGCCUUCCUGGCAAUGGAUCCUGACCUGCCUCUGGCACGGCGGAAAUUUAUUGUAGAGGAUUCGAAAUCCCAGCUACUGUUUGUCAAUGCCGGUGGUAUUGACCCUGAGAUGAAGGAUACUGUGCGUCAUGUCGAGCUGACAGAGGACUUGUUGAUCAACUUCCCUUCGUCUGCACCACAAAUCGAAAGCGUGGAUCCGAGCGCUACAAGCUACUGCCUGUACACAAGUGGCACGACUGGGACACCUAAAGGGUGCGAAUUGACGCACGAGAAUGCCGUGCAGGCGAUGUUGGCCUUUCAACGACUGUUUGCUGAACACUGGAGUGAGAACUCUCGUUGGUUGCAAUUUGCUAGUUACUGGUUCGACGUAUCGGUUCUGGAGCAUUUCUGGAGCUGGAGUGUUGGAAUCACGAUGGUGGGAGCACCACGUGAUGUCGUCCUCGGAGAUCUAUCAGGUUUUAUCACUGCGGCCAACAUUACACAUAUCGAUUUGACCCCAUCCCUUGCCAGACUGUUGAAGCCAGAGGAAGUUCCAAGUUUGCACAAUCACGUCUUCAUCACUGGCGGAGAAGCUCUCAAGCAGGAAAUCAUCGAUGCCUGGGGACCACUUAACACCAUCUACAACGGCUAUGGACCAACAGAAGCUACUAUUGGUGUCACUAUGAAUCCUCACAUUGGCCGGGAUGCCAAACCUUCCAACAUUGGACCACCUUUUGACAACGUUGGAGCCUUCGUAAUGGCCCCUGAAUCAGAGACCCCCGUUCUGCGUGGUGCAGUUGGUGAACUUUGUGUCUCUGGUAAACUUGUGGGUAAGGGCUACCUCAACCGACCUGAGUUGACGGAAAAGGCAUUCCCAUAUCUGGAACGCUUUGGCGAACGCGUCUACAGAACGGGCGACCUUGUUAGAUUGCUUGCGGACGGCUCAAUCUCCUUCAUCGGGCGCAACGACUCUCAAGCAAAGCUACGCGGCCAGCGACUGGAGAUUGACGAGAUCGACGCCGUCAUCAAGGCUUCACACAAAGGAAUUUCAGAUGUUGCGUCUCUGGUCACGAAGUCUUCAGAAGGAGAUAGAGAAAUGCUUGUCUCAUUUGUUGUCGAUAACGAGGCCCGUGAUCGCGAGCUACAUACUGCACAGUCCAAGCAGAGCGUCGAAGUUGUGGCUGCCGCAGAUCAAGCAUGUCGCGAUCGCUUACCGGGCUAUAUGGUGCCAACACACAUUGUUCCGCUCUCGCGUUUGCCAUUGACUGUCAACAACAAGGUCGAUGCCAAACGUCUGGUCGCUCUGUUCACUUCUCUGACCACGCAAGGCCUGCAGCAACUCAAGGGCGGGUCGGCGACUAAACGACCUCUACGCGGCAAAGAGCGCAAGGUCGGCAAAGUUGUCAGCAAACUGUUAUCCAUUGAGCUCGAUGAUAUAAGUGCGACUUCAAACGUGUUCUCUCUCGGACUCUCGUCGGUAUCAGCAAUCACACUGGCGACGUCGCUCAAGCGAAGCGGGUUUGAGACUGCCAGUGUUAGGACGAUCAUGACCAAUCCCACUUUGGAUCGGCUCGCACAAGCCCUCUCGGGCACCAGUGAAGACGGCAAAAACGAGCGAAGUGCGAUCAUGCAAUCACAGUUGACAAUCUCGGCAUUUGCACAACGAUAUCGAGGUCUUGCAGCCCAGACACUAUCCGUCAAUGUGUCCAACAUCGAGUCCAUCGCCCCGUGUACUCCUUUGCAAGAAGGCCUCCUGGCAGAUUCGAUCAAAGAUUCCGAGAGACCAUAUUUCAAUGUCUUCCGUUAUCAGCUUCGUGGCACAAAUCACGAUCGAGUGGGAGAAGCGAUCCUCGAACUAUAUCGACAGCUUCCAAUACUCAGGACUUCGUUCGUCCGAACGGAAGAGGGCUUUGCACAAGUUGUCUUGCGCAAUACUGAUUGGACUGUUCAAUCGGAAGAUGUUGAUGAUGAUGCCGGCAUUGAGUCGAAGCUAGCUGGGCUCAGAUCAGAGUGGCAAGGCCGCGCAAAGAAUGAAGUCACCAGACCGUUCGAAGCGAUCUUGGUUCACUCUCCCACGAAGAGCAUCAUGGUUCUCCAGUCGCAUCAUGCUCUAUACGACGGCAUUUCCUGGGAUCUGAUGAUGAGUAAGCUGGGUGAGCUAUGUGCCUCCAGUUCAGCGUCGAUCGACUGUGGGCCAAGUUUCAUGGAAGCACUACCGUACGGACCCCUUUGCUACAGGAAAGACGCGGAGCAGUUUUGGCAGAGACAGAUGAAGGGUUUCCACUACAGCCCAUUGCCCCUGGUGCCAGAUGAGCCAUCGCGCGAGACUUUGACAGUGUCGAAACUUCUAAGAUGUUCGCACGGUGUAGAAUCACUCAGGAAGAAGUUGGGAGUUUCUCACCAAGCAGUUUUCCAGGCAGCUUUCACUGUCGCAUUGCAUCAAUAUGCGCCACAAACGCAAACCUAUGGUGUUGUGGUCUCCGGAAGGUCCAUUGCUUUCGACGACGCCGAUGCCAUCAUUGGUCCCAUGUUCAAUACUGUACCCUACACAAUCAAUAUGGAGCCCACAGGUGACUGGAAACGACAUCUACAGCGUUGCCAUGAGGCUAAUGUUGAGCUUAUCCCAUAUCAACAUACGUCGCUGCGAGCAAUCCGUAAGAACUGUCGCCGUAAUCCCACGGAUCCAUUGUUCGAUGUCUUGUUCGUGUUCCAGAGUCCCGACGAGAGGCUGGGACCACACCACGACGACGAAUUCUUCGAAUUGAUGCCUUCAGUUAUACCAGCUGAGUAUCCACUAGCCAUUGAGGUGGAGCUCGGCUCCUCUGGCGCAGCUCAAGUCACCGCGGCAGCACAACCUGGCCGAGCCACAGAACAGUCAUUGACCGAGUUUCUGGACGCCUUUGACGAAGCCUUGCAAUGCAUGAUAGAAAGCGCAGAAGGCAAGAUAUCUGAUAGUUUUACGAUCUCUCGGAGCAGCAGUACCACAACACCACAGCAACUUCAUGAUGUAUCUGCUGAGGUAAAUGGCAUCUCUGACUUCAAGUGGACUACUGAAGCGGAAGAGCUGAGAAAGAUCAUCGCCGAGGUUGCUGGCAGUGAUCCGAGUGCAGUCACGGAGCAUGUCGCCAUAUUCACACUUGGCCUGGACAGUAUCGAUGCCGUCAAGCUAGCAGCACGAAUGAAGAAGGCUGGAAUGUCAAUACCUGUCAGUAAGAUCUUGACAGCCCAGACAAUACCGCGAAUGCUGGAUGCAGUUGAAUCUAGUACAGCGCAGAGCGAGACGCCCGAGUCCGCGAACAAGUUCUCGGUUCUCGCACGACAACUUCAGCAUCUGUCCAGUCUGGUCGACCCUCGGAUAGCGAAAGACGUCGAGCGUAUCAUACCAGCCGCACCAGGGCAAGAAGCUCUCAUCGCAGAGAUGAUCCGCUCUGAGUUCCACGAAUACUUCAACUCUGUUGUUCUACGCCUGCGGGCAGGCGUGGACAUUGCCCGACUCAAGAAUGCUUGGCAAGAUGUUGUGCACGCUUCACCGAUUCUCCGUACAGCAUUCGUGGAGGUAUCAGAUCCCGAGGUAGAGGCGACGUUCGCACAGAUUAUUUUCAAGGAAGGUCCACUGGAGUUUGAUGAAGUACAGGCGACCAGCCUCGAUGGCCUCACUGACUACCUCGAUUCUGUCAAGGCCGACGUCCGCCAGUCGUUCUCAGUGAAGUCGCCAAUGCGUCUGGCGAUUGCAACAGUCGAGAAUGCGCAUUACCUCGUGCUAUCGCUCUCCCAUGCGCAGUACGAUGGACACAGCAUUGGCUUGCUGCAUUCUGACAUCGCUGCCGCGUAUGCUGGCAGGCUUGAGAGGCGCCCACCUUACGAGGAGGUGAUCAAUGAGGCCUUGAGUGCAACCGAUCAGAGCGCACUCACCUUCUGGCGCGAAACGCUGGCUGGAGCCAAGGUAUCGCGCUUCAGGACUCUCGAGGGUGGCUCGGACGUGAAGACGUACCGCACUGAGCGUACAGCCGCUCUCUCAGGAAAGGACGCUAAAGCAUUCUGCCAAAAGCUAGGCGUGUCUCUGCAAGCACUAGCACAAGCGUCGUGGGCACUCGUUCUCGCACACCAUCUGCAAGCCCUCGACGUCCUCUUUGGCGUGGUUCUCGCUUGUCGUGACAGCGAGGAGGCCGAGCAGACCCUGUUCCCAACCAUGAACACCGUGCCCGUGAGAGUAUCGUUGCAUGGAUCUGUAUCUGGGAUGCUCCAUGACGUGCAGGACAAUAUCAAUCACAUGCGACAGCAUCAGAAAACCCCUCUGCGCAACAUACAAGCCGCAUGUGCGGACUUGCUGCGGUCGAGCAAGGACAAGUCCAGACAGGGGCUAUUCGACACUCUUUUCAUCUACCAAAACCGAGGGGAUGCUAUCGAAGACCAAGGCGAGCCGCUAUACGAGUCUGUUGCUGCCGAUGCAAACGUCGAAUAUCCUGUUGCCGUAGAAGUGGAAGCCGUUGAAGAUGAGCUGGUUAUUCGUGCAGCAUGCAAGUCUUUUGCUCUUGACGAGCCCGGAGCAGAACUACUACUGGAGCGUUUCGAUGGGGUGCUCAGCUUCUUGACUGCAGACCUCGAUCGGGAUGCUAUCGAUCUCUCUAACGAUGAUGUGGUCAUAUGUGGCUUGCCUGCUUUCGUGCUCCAAUCCAACCCUCUGUCAAGACAAACCACUCGAGAACAAUAUGGCGACGAGGACUCCGACCUAGACUCGAUAGACGACUCUGCGGUUGUGGAUGCGAUACGCUCUGCGCUUGCACAGGUAUCAAGAACGCCAAUCGACGAGAUCGAACCGCAUGCCACAAUCGAGUCGAUGGGCAUCGAUUCCAUUUCAGCGAUCAAGGUGGCGUCGCUUCUGCGCAAAGACUCCAUCAAGCUCUCUGUCAGCGAUCUCCUAAAGGCACAGACACCGAGACGCAUGGCACAGCUUGUUGGCGAUGUCGCGCAGCCGGCAGGCGAGAGCGGCGUCUCCGGCAAAGAUAUCAUCGCAACGGCGAUCAAGGAUGUCGAUCUCUCUAUUCUACAACGAGAGUAUUCCAUCCCCGCCGAUCACAUCGAGGUGGUACUCCCUGCUACUGCUGGUCAGAUGUAUAUGGUCUCACUGUGGCACAAGACGAGAGGAGAGUUGUUCUACCCGACAUUCACUUACGACCUCCGAACCGACAAGUCGAUGGAUGCUAUUCGCCAGGCCUGGCAACAGCUUGUCGCAGGCACCGCUAUGCUCCGGACUCGACUAUGUGCCAGUGGCCAUGCUACGAUUCCGCUGCUUCAAGUUGUGAUGAAAGAGUCUGGCCAGCCCUUCUAUGCCGAAGACGAGAGGUCCAUUGCUCCCACUCAGCCAUUUGCACGCCUCCACGUCGGCAAGGCUCGCGACGGUUACACAGUGAAGCUCGCGAUCCACCACGCUCUCUAUGAUGCUGUCUCCCUUCCUCUCUUGAUGGAGGAUUUCCGGUCUUUAUUACAAGGCGAAUCACUACCCAAGCCGAGCAUCGCGUUCGAAGACUACAUUACUCUCGUUGCUCGUGAGCCUGCUGUGAAGACACGGCAACAAUUCUGGAGUGGAUAUUUGCAGAAUGUAGAGCAUGCGGCGCUGGGCCAGCCUCGGGGCGAUGCUGCGCGGAAGGUACAGAUAUUCAAGCCGUCUGCCUUGUCAGAGUCGUGCGAUGAGCUGGAGCGCAAAGCUCGAAAAUCAGGUAUCUCCACGCAGGCUCUCCUGUUCGCUGUAUACGCCAAAGUGUACGCCAAACACGCACAAGGAAGCAAAGAAGCUGCACAGGACGUGGUACUCGGGAUUUACAUUGCGAACCGGUCGCACCUGCCGGAUCUCGACCAUCUCUCGGCGCCCACGCUCAACCUGGUGCCACUCCUGGUGCGAGCACCUACGAGGACGAGUAUCAUGGACAGCGCCAAGUCCAUCAGCAAGGACUUGCGCAGCAUCACGACGGCAGAAAACUCAUCUGCCAGUCUGCGCGAGAUCUGCGAGUGGACGGGAGUCACCGUCGACACGUUUGUCAACUUUCUCAAACUCCCAGAUUCCGAUGAUGGUCCGGAUGAAGGGACGGGUGGCAGUGAAAUCACGAUGGCGGAAAGCAACGACGAGUGGAUGCAGGAAGUCCACCGGGUGCAUGAGCCGGAGAAGGCACAACAACAGCAACAACAACAAGAGGUGCAGUUCCACGUACCCCACGAGUUGGCAGGAUUUGAGGUACAUGAGGCGUAUCAGCACGCAGUGGAUGUGGAGCUGGCAAUCACCAAGGAUGGGAAACUCAGCAUGGGAAUGUUUUGUGUAGAGGAAAUGAUGGGACUGGAUGAGGCUGAUGUGAUGGUGCAAGAGGUUGUCGCAGAGUUGCAUGAUUUUGUUCAUGGAUGAUGUAAUGUGAGACGGCUGUUUGUGUUUUUUUUUCUUCGGGUUCUUUUUGAGCAUAUGGAUAGAAUACAUGGGAAUGGGUUAUAGAAAUGGGGGGGAAAUGAGAAUCGAAUAGAAUAGAUGGGAAGCUUGAUGAUACCUUAUCAUAUCUUGUAGUGAAUGAAAUAUAAAAGAAGAAGAA